CGGCGAUGCAUUCCGAAAGAGACCGAGUAAGGUGAUUGGUUGAAAGAAGGAGUUAACGGGCGAAAGACGCGACGGACGCGAGAGACGGACGUGGAGAAGCAAAAGCUUACGCCUUCGUUCUUUGGGAUAUCGAUGUUUUUACGCGUUCCCAGAGGCCACGAAUUACAUGGAAAGACGAAAGAUUUAACGGCCCAUAUAAUCGGACAUUUCAUCUGAUCGAUCGUAAAUAUUCAUGUCGAAAAGAUUGUAAAAAAAGGAAGGGAAGCGGCUGACACAUUGCUCCAGUGCGGUGGAUUUCAGUGAGUGAAAGAAAAGGAGAUAGAUAGAUAGAUAGAUAGAUAGAUAGAGAAAGAGAGAAAAAAGUAAUAAAGAGAGAGAGAAAGAGAGAGAAAGAGAGAGAGAGUGUGUGUAAGAGAGAGUGAGAGGGGAAGAAAUUUAGUAGAAAGGAGAGGGGGUCUCGAAAAGCGAAAAGAAUACUGGGGAACUGACGUGUUGCGGGCGCAUCGAACGUGUGCGGUCAACACACCUUGCGACGAGAGGUACACGUUAUUACGGUAUGUCGCGCGAUAUAUUUAUCAUUCAUUCAAGAAUGUUUUAAUUACGAUUCAUCUGUUCCGAGGAAAUUACGGUAUAACGUGUAUGUUCUCUUCCUCGUCCGUCUCUUUUCUGUGUUGUGAUUUUGUGUGUGCGCGCGCGCGUAUCUGCCCUUCUUUCCAGCAACGAGACGAUUACGACAACGACAACGAAGACGACGACGAAGACGACGACGACGACGACGACGACGACGACGACGACAAUAAUAACGAUACGACGACACGACGACGACGACGACGGUGGCGGUGACGACAACGGUUAGUACGAGUACGUACUGUUCUUCAAUAAUUAUAUUAAAAAAAAAAAGAGUUGCAUUUCCACGUUUUAUUCUACGCGCGCGUACGCGAGAGAAAGAGAGAGAGAGUGUUGCGUGUUGGUUUGUGUGUGUGUGUGCGUGCGUGCGUGCACGAGUUCUCCUCGGCACUUAACGCGUUGCCGCGUGUUAUCGUUGGCGAACGAAAGCAACGAGGAUGCUCAAGUUUAUAAGAGGGAAGGGCCAGCAACCCACCGCCGAACGGCAGAAACUUCAGAAGGAUCUCUUUGCCUUUCGAAAGACGGUGCAACAUGGUUUCCCAAACAAACCAACAGCCUUCGCAUGGGAUCCGAGUUUACGACUAAUGAUCAUCGGGACGACAUCCGGCGCCAUCAAAGUAUUUGGAAGACCUGGAGUUGAAUUUUAUGGUCAACAUUCCAGCGAAAGUGGUGAAAAUGCAGUUACAAAAAUUGUCGCUAUACCGAAUGAGGGACGCAUCGUUUCUCUCUGCGAUGAUAAUUCUUUACACUUAUGGGAAAUCAAUGAAAAUUCAGUUGUGGAGACAAAAUCAUUAUCAUUGGAGGGGAAGCUGAAGAAAAUUUCAGCAAUAUGUUUGGAAUCAAGUGGGGAACAUCUGCUUUUAGGAGCAGAGGGAGGUAACAUUUACCUUCUAAAUUUGAAAACAUUUGCAGUACCCGAUAACAUCAUUUAUCAAGAUGUAGUAAUGCAAAAUGUGCCCGACGAUUACAAGAAAAAUCCAGGAGCAGUGGAAGCUAUAGCAGAACAACCAGGCCACCCGGAUAACAUACUUAUUGGUUAUAAUCGAGGUUUGAUGGUACUCUGGAAUAAAGCUACUCCAGGAGCACAGCAGCUGAUGGGUUUGUUUUCGCGUACGCAGACAUUCGUAUCCACGCAACAGCUGGAAUCAGUGCAUUUUAUUUCUGAGAGUCGGUUUGUCUCAUCUCACAACGAUGGAUCCUAUACGUUCUGGAGUCCAGGUAGCGAUGCAGUUCCAGACCCGACGACUCCGUAUGGCCCUUUUCCUUGUAAAGCUAUUACGAAAAUUCUUGUAUAUCCCACUGCCGAGCAUGGAGAAUUGGUGCUCUUCUCUGGUGGUAUGCAACGUGCUAGUUAUGGCGAUCGUCAUACUAUCACUGUUAUGACGAAGGAUAAACACGUCGUAUUUGAUUUUACUUCGAAAGUUAUUGACUUCUUCACUGUAUUUGCCAGAGAUGAAGACGGCAAUGAAAUUCCAGACAAUCCUGAGGCCUUGAUCGUAUUAGCCGAAGAAGAAAUUGUGGCUAUUGAUUUAACAAAUCCACAAUGGAAAAUGAUGGCUCUCCCGUAUUUGGUAUCGCUUCAUGCCAGCGCGGUAACUUGUUCUCAACACGUUCCAAAUGUUCCCGAAGAACUUUGGGAUUCAAUAAUGUCUGCUGGAAAAGCACAGACAGAACACUUAUACUCGGAUAAAGAGUGGCCCAUCGACGGGGGAACUAUUUUAUGCAACAAACCGGAAAAUCCUGAUAAACUUGAAAAUAGAGAAUUGUUACUUACCGGCCACGAAGAUGGAACCGUAAGGUUUUGGAAUGCAUCGGAUGUCUCAUUAACGCCUUUGUACAAAUAUAACUCGUCGAUUCUUUUUACCGGGGAACACUUGGACGUGCUUGAACAACCACCGGAAGACGAUGAAGAUGAAUGGCCACCGUUUCGAAAAGUGGGCACAUUCGAUCCAUAUUCCGAUGAUCCACGUCUUGCAGUAAAAAAAGUUCUUUUGUGUCCGUUAUCAUCAACGUUAGUAAUAGCAGGAACAGCUGGCCACGUAGUUACAGCCGUAAUAUCUUCUGAACCAGUUAAUAAAGAAAUAAAAGCAGUGACGAUGAAUAUUGUAAAUGAUCGUGAUGGAUUUAUAUGGAAAGGUUACGAUCAUUUGCCUGUAAGGACAGCCAGUAUAUCUUUUGCAAUUGGUUUUCAACCUCAAAGCAUUCUACAGUUAUAUCCACCAGCUGCUGUUACAGCAUUAGCAAUGCAUAGUGAAUGGGGUUUACUUGCUACGGGUACAGCUCAUGGUUUAGCAGUAUUUGACUAUACAAGGGUAAAACCUGUUACUGUUAAAUGCACACUUAAUCCAAAUGAUCUUUCUGGUGCAGGAGACACACCAAUUUCUAGGCGAAAAUCAUUUAAGAAAUCUUUAAGAGAAUCCUUUAGAAGAUUAAGAAAAGGAAGAUCGCAAAGACGAACAAAUACUAGUAGUAGCCCGACGAGAAGUACCGUAAUAGAGAAAAAGAAAGAAAUCUCUAGUGUAGCAUCUUCUCCAAGUGCCGAUUUAUCACCCAUGGAAUUAAAGCCGGUAGAAAGACAAGUUGAAGCUAGGCCGGUAGAUGAUGCGUUAGGGUCUAUGGUACGAUGCUUAUAUUUCGCCAGAAGUUAUAUCAUAAGCAUGCAAAAUACAACACCCACGCUUUGGGCAGGUACUAAUAACGGGACAGUCUACGUUUUUACUUUAGCGAUACCUGCCGGUGUUAGGAGAACGGAAGAAGACGUAAAUUGUACGCUUGGAAAAGAAAUACAGUUGAAGCAUCGUGCUCCAGUUAUUGCUAUAACCAUAUUAGACGGUUCUAAUGUACCUUUACCAGAACCAUUUGAAGCAGAAAAGGGAGUUUCUCCAGGGCCAGAUAUGACAUCACCACAUAGAGUAUUAAUAGCGAGCGAAGAACAAUUUAAAAUUUUUAAUCUACCAUCGUUAAAGCCAAAUUGCAAAUAUAAACUUACUGCUCAUGAAGGAUCCAGGGUGCGUAAAACUGGAUUUGCUAAGUUUACGUGUCCUAUCGAUUCUACGGGAGUGCAUGUUGAAACAUGCUUACUUUGUUUGACGAAUCUUGGAGAUUGUUUAAUACUCAGUAUCCCAGAAUUAAGAAGACAACUUAACGCUGCUGCAAUUAAACGAGAAGAUAUUAAUGGCAUUUCGUCCCUAACAUUCACAAAGUCUGGAGAAGCGUUAUAUCUUCAUUCAAGUUCCGAACUUCAACGCAUCUCGUUAUCAGCGACAAAAGUAACAAAAGCCCAUUGUACACUUAAUUUACCACCUAGUGCUAGAGUAUCUGCAGAAACUAGUGCAGAAGAACAAGCUGUUAACGAAGAUGCAACUGAGAAUGGUGUUGUGGUGAAGAAUCUCCAAAGGAACCUUCCCUGCAACCUUCCGCAAGUAUCACUGAGGUGAAUGGGGAAGAUGAACGACAGGAUUUAAGUUCAGUUGGAGAUAUCACUAUUGACAGUGUUAAGGAUCAUUUACUGUAAGUCGAAUAUCUAGUAUUUAUCAAAUACUAACAUCUAAUGCGCCUAUAUUGCUUUUAUAGUGCAAAAUCCCUGUGAAGCAUGUAUAUUAUUAUUGCACGAGAGUAUGUUAUUUGAUCCUGCAAUAUGUCGUAGUUCCGCCAAGCUAAUUAAUGAAUAUUUGACGUACUGACCAUUCUUUUGGCAGUAACAAUUCAAUUUUCAGAAAUGCUCCAUCAUCAGAGGAACUCCAUAAUCGUUUGACAGGCCUUAAAAUGGAAGUGACAUCAUGAACUUCUAUAAUAAUCACAUCAGUUUUAAUUGUAAAAAAAAAUUUAGUAGAUUUUUUAAAUUUGAAUUUAUAAUAUGCAGCAUUAAUGUUAGUUACUAUAUGUUUGACUAUAAUGUCAAAAAUCAUGUGUAAAAGCUGCUUAAGUUAUAUAACUGCCAGGAAUAUGAAGACCUUAAUAUUUAUAAACACCUUUGGAUUUUUAUGAAUAUUGCGCACUUCAUUUUAAUUUUAUUUGAGUGGUCUUGAGGAACUUUGCAGUUUAGUGGAACUAGGCCUAGAAAAUGUUACAUUUUACUCAAUUCAAUCACAUUUCACUGCUAGUUUCCUUUUAAAAAGAACACAUGAGCUUUUUUUAAUACUAUUUUAUUAGAAAAACCUUGUGAAUGGUUACUGUGCAGAUUCAUUAGAUAUUAAGAUAUCUAAAUAAUAUUCUGAGUAAUAUUGAUUACAACAUAAUGCAUAUAUAUAUAUAGAUGAUACAAUUUUAAUGAAAUAACUGUUUUUUUUUCUUUUUUUUUCUUUUUUUUUUUUUUUGUAAUCGUAUUUUAAUUUUUAACUUAAUUUUGCAUCUUUUAAGAUAAGAUACAUCGUUGAUAUAAUCAUAGUUUAAUACUUAUUGCUGUACAGACAAUAGAGGCACUUGGUAAAUUGUGAGUAUGGCAGCCAUAUUGUAAUACGAAAUAUAAGUUUAUAUAAAUAAUUAAGCUAUAAGAAACAGUAUUGAAAAAACAAAUAAUAUUCAAGAUAUAAGAAAGUACACAUAUACACACAAACACACACAACACACAUACACACACACAUACAAGAUAGUCCAAUGAAUAUUAAAAUACGAUUACUGUUUCUUGAAAACCUAGUAUUUGCAUUUCGAAUGAUACUGACAUGACUUAAAUUGACUGCAAUAUUUUAAAUGUUCUGAACAAUCAAUAUGUUUCAUAAAAUGCAAAAUAAUUCAUAUAUGAUUUUGAUGUUCUGAACAUAAAGACAAAUAUAGAUACUUAAGUACAAUUACGUUUUUUCACGAACAAGCAUAGAGAUUAUAUAUACAUAAAAAAAAAAAAGAUAAAAAGAAGAAAAAAAUAAAAAAGAAAAAAAAAAGAAAUAAAAAAGAAUAACAUACCAAUUGCCAUGACGCAAGUAAUGAAGCGUGUUAAAAAUAUAUUUUUUAUCCAUGUUACUUAUAUAAUCAUAAA